GUUGUCGCUGUGUGUGCAUUUAUUGCUCUGUGUUUUCCCAAGGCGACAUUUAUUUGUCUGUUUGUACGCUCCACCUACCUUUCAUGUUGUCUCUAUACCUUCAUUUCUCUGAUGGUACAAUACAUGAGCGGAAAAGACUCCAUGCUCAGUCGAUUAGAAGACCACCAGAUUCAUCAGAUCUCUCUACAGGCACCACCAUGUUUUUGUUGCUGCUGCUGUUUACCAAAACCAAAAGCUACAAGUUCUCCUUGACCAACUCUUACCCGUACCUCAACUUCCUGAAUGCAUUCUCGUUCAUCUUUGCAAUGCAAAGCUUCAUCAUCUUCUUCCGGAUGUGCCGGGAUAUCCUCCGGCCCUUGCGCAUCGUUCCUAAGUUUUUCAGUCUGCAGCUUGUGGUAAUCCUGGCCAACUUGCAGAGUACGAUAUUUGCACUAUUUGUUAAACAAGCUUUGCCAGCUUGUACAAACGGACUUUCUGCUAAUGUCAAGGGUGAAGCUUACUUUAACAUGGUGUUGAUAGUCGAGAUGUUUGCCUUGUCCUUCAUGGCAAGAUGCGCUUACCGACGUUCCCAUAGCAACAUAGACGCCAUUCUGAACACACAGGACGCGACUAAAGAAACAGAGACCUCCAAAUACACCAAGAGCGACGACAACUCUAAACCCUUGAUCAACGGUGUCUCAAAAGAUCAAUCAUCUGCGGAGGGAACGCCGUCUACCACCCCAAAGAAAUCGCACGACGUACGCAACUCUCACAUUUUCAUCGAUCCGGGAGCUCUUUCCGAACUUCAAGAAUCGUACGUAUAAUAGUCACCGUGGUGAAAUCAGGCGCUCGUCAAAACAAUGAAAUCGAAGAAACCGACAAUUUGCCACUCAUUCCUCAACUUCUAUCGGUUUUUUUUAGGGGGGGGGGGGUUAAGAUAUUUUACGUCCAUUUAAAACAUAUUUCUGUGGGAAUGUUUGCUGAAAAAUGGUAACCAAAGGCACAUCAAGGGUAAAUUUUCAGUUUUCAAAGACUCUUGAGCAUUGGAAUUCACCAGACUUUGGGGGCCAUUUUCUCGCUAGUCUUACCUCUGAUACCAGACCCUCAUGCCCACCUCUCUAAUGGCAAAUGUAUAUCUACUUCUAGUCAAGAUAAAUGCUUUUUUCACCGAAAGCAAGACAUGUGAACAAACUCUAAGAUGAUACUUAUAGCUCUACAUAUUAUGCUCAAAGAUUGACGAGCGUCCGAUUCCACCGUGUCGUGUCACGAUGCAAGCUAUUUUUUAUGUUUUCGUUCUGUUACAAGAUUGAUGGCUUGACCGCGCUCUCACCUCUGUGUUGGGGCGCUUUCCGCAACACGAAAAGAACACUCUGGUAUUGUGGUAAUGUUAACACUUUGAAGCCGUGGCGGACACAUUAUUAUGUCCUAUUGCCAGCAAGCCGAAAGGGCAAUGUUUCGGUACCUAUUGAGCCUUCGUACACAAACAGGAAACACAAGUUUACUUAUGGGUACUCAGCUGUAGACAGCGAAAGAUCUUGUC